AUGGUGUUGGCGCUGGUGGUCGGAGUCCUGUGCGUGUGGGGCCGCCUGAGCGUCGCAAACCCUGAAGCGAAGCGGCUAUAUGACGAUUUGCUGUCCAACUACAAUCGCCUGAUCCGCCCUGUGGGGAACAACUCUGAUCGGCUCACGGUUAAGAUGGGACUUAGGCUGAGUCAGCUCAUCGACGUUUUUAAUCUAAGAAAGAGCAAAUUAAAAAAAAAUGUACGACUUUGGUAG